GUUUUUUAUGUUUGAGACUUGCUCCAAAUACUAAUGUCAGGAUCCCACUUGUGAACCUAUCUGCUUUGAUGCUGAUCACGAAAGGCGGCGAAAGGAGCAGUUGAACAAGCAGUGGAAUCGAACUAAGGAACAGUUGGAAGAAGAGGAGAUGUUGCUUGCUGAAUUGAAGCGUAUCGAAGUUCGUAAAAGAGAACGCGAAAAAAAGGCACAAGAUUUACAGAAGCUCAUUAACAUGGCUGAAGCCCCUGCAAGCCCCUCACAAUAUGAGUUUAUGCGCCACUAUCUCAUAAAUUCUUUAUCUUUCUCCUUCUCAUUCUUUUUUUUUCUUGCAGUGGAACGUGCAUGUCGCCUGCUUUGGGUAAGAAGAAGGGGACGAUGCGUCAAAAAGCAAGUUCAGCUGCAGCAAAUAGCACGACAACCUUUAACUUCAAUCCUGUCAGUUAUACAAUUCAUCUUGGUGGAACUUUUAUUGAAGGAUGCCAUUCAGGUGGAUAUAUCUGUCUCUGCAAUUCGAUUCCCUGAGUUCAAAUCUGCUGGUGCCCAUCUGCGCAGUCAGGAAAUGAAACUCCCCACGAAUAUUGGACAAAAGAAACUCAAAAAUAUUGAAGUAGUGUUGAGCAAAUGUAAAUUGGAUAUGAACCCUAUGGGCACUGAAGCCAUUGUGUCAGCUUAUAAUGAGUUCCGAUCGCAAAUUAUUUUGUUGUUGGAAUUGAAAUCCACCCUUCAAACUGCCGAAUUUGAGCUCGAAACGCUACGUAACAGGAUGGUCGAGGAGGGAAAAGAGCCAUUUGAAAUUGAACCACGAAUGCGAAUUUCGACAGUGCCUGAGGGUGGAUUAGACCCUGACGAAGUUACGGGUGAUGAAGGAGCACCAGCUACCACUCGACGUAUCACUUCUUGCAUCGACACCUCAUCGUCUGCUAAUCCUUUAUUGAUUCGGAAAAGAAAACUUGGUGUUGGCUCACUUGACGGCACAAGGUCGAGGAGGACGUAG